AUGUCGUCGUCCUCGUCGUCGGCGGCCUCGAUGGGCGCGCUCGCCGCGGCCACCGCCAUGGCCGUCUCCGGCUCGCUCGUCCUCUUCUCGCUCCGCCGCUUCGCCAAGCCAGCUUCGGAGGAGCCCGCGCCGGCCCUUCGCUCCUGCCUCGCAUCCUCAGGUACGUACUACGUUGCAGCAGCUGCUGUUCCCAAGCGUGCGCGGCGGAAGGGGGAGAAGCGGGUGCGGUUCGCGGAGGGCGUGGUGGACAAUGAGGGCGCCGCCCCGCCGGUCAGGCGGUCUCCGUCGCCCCCGCCGGCGCCCGCGCCCGAGCCGACGUGCAGGACCACGGACGCGGCGGGCCACCGGAUGCCGGCCAACCGGGAGGCGCUCUACCGCGGCAUGCUCCGCGACCGCUCCGUGCACAGGACCGCCUACUCGUACUGA